UAUCUUUAGGGCUAUCACACGUAAAAAGGUACACCGAGGAACAGCAGCUGACAGCCAAUCAGAAGCAAUCUUUAAACGGACUCAUUCCUUCAUGUUCUCUCCCCACCACCUCAAUAAGGAACAAGUCCGUUUAACGCUUACUUCUGAUUGGCUGUCAGCUGCUAUUCCUCGCUAUUCCUUUUUACGUGUGAUACCCCUAAUUAAGAAAGAAUUAAGAAAGAAUAAAAAGACGAAAAAUCCCAUAUUCCUUUCUGUGACCUGUAUUCUAACCUCCAUACCCUGAAAUAAGUUUUUAGCGAGUAGGAGUGGAGGAAUCUACCCUUGUAUUAAUUUAGCAAAAAUUAUUAAAUCAAAAUUUAUUUUUCACUUUUCUAUUUUACGAAAUGGCAUCGUCUGUUGCACCUCGUUCUGUUACUCCUGUCAUAGAGUUUUUGCGUUCAAUUUUUCGAGGAAAAGCUUUGAAAGCAAAUUCAUUAAGAUUUGCUAAUCAAAUAGCCGCGCGAACACAACUUCAACCAGAUCUACCUGGGGGACCGUAUAAAAAAUCAACUGGAAUCUAUUAUUACACUAGAGAUGUAAGACGAGAAGUGAAACCACCGAUUACUGUGUGCACUGCAAAUCGAUUAGCGUUAAGACAGAAUCGAGCGAAAGAGCGCGACGAGAACCACGAGUGGCGCAUUAGAAUAAUAGGCAUUUCUCCGCGGUUAAGUUGGCAUCUGCAUGGAUUGGCAAUGCGGUCCAUGGCUGUCAGGCUAUCAGUUUAGGAUGGUCUGACAAUCCUCAGACUGUCACAGAUCUUACCAGGAGCUUGCUCUGUGUAUCUGAAGGUCACCUCAGCGCGGAGAGACCGACGGGUCGACCCGUGGCUUCAACCCGCGCCAACGAAGCCGUGGGGGGCGUCUUAGGUACACAUACGCGUACAAUUGAAAGUAUCACGCCAAAUUAGUAUAGGUUACGCGUACGUCCAUCUUCGAGCUCCUUCACCGGCGAGCGCAAGUUCAGCGUCGCUAUCUAGCGAUAAGACUCACGAUCAAGCGAAGAGACUGAUCGACGUGAGUCAGUUAUCUCGUGCCCUUCAACUGAGAUUCAUAAUGUCGCGAGCAAUAAGCAUUCGACGUUGUAACUUUAUUUUGUUAACUAUACUUCUUUAAAAUCAUCUACAUUCUUUUGAUUUAUUAGUUGCACUAAUUUGCCUUUAUCCUGAACCAAACUCUUACCAUUUACUUUGUAAUCUGGAGAUUCUUGUCUCAUGUGAUAAGUGGAUUCGAAGAAAUAAAAAUUAAGACACGUUCGAAAUAAAAUUUAAAAAGAGGGGCCAAAAAAAUCAGACGUGUUACUUAUGUUUAAA